UCUUACCUCGCUUGACAGUGGAAUCGGAUCACUACGAACAGUUAUCAGAUAUAGCAGAACGCCAAGGUGUGCCCGUCUCCGUGUUAGCUGACACCGUUUUAUCAGAGUAUUUACAAGAAAUGGAAAAAGGUCUCUUUGGCAAAGCUGGUAGCACCACCGUUUCCUUGAUUCCAUCGGGAGAAAGAAAAUAUGAUGCCGUGCUAUUCGAUAUGGAUGGUGUUUUAUGUGAUUCUGAAAUACUCAGUCGCUUAGCUGCCGCAACCAUGUUUUCCCAAUAUCACAACGUUCGAGUGAAACCUGAACAUUUUGCUGCUUUCACAGGUCAAGGUGAAGAACGGUUCCUAUCAGGUGUAGCUGAAAUGUACAACGUUCCUCAUUUCGAUCCAGUGAUAGCCAAGCAGCGUUUCUUCGAUAUCUAUAUUUCACAAUAUGCGUUGAGUGGCAAGUUGCAUUCGUAUCCUGGAGUAAAGGAUUUGAUAGCCGUCUGUAAAAAAGUAGGUCUGUUCGUUGCCGUUGCCUCUAGUGCCGAUAGAAUCAAAGUUCGUGCCAACUUAUUGGGUAUUGGCUUGGAUGAACAAAUAUUCGAUUAUAUUGUGGAGAGCGAUCAGAUUGAGCGAAAGAAACCAUUUCCAGAUAUCUUUUUACAAGCUGCCAAAGGAUUGGGAGUCAAUCCUGAAAGAUGCGUAGUCAUUGAAGAUGCAACAGCAGGAAUUCAGGCAGCAAAGGAAGCGGGAAUGCGAUGUAUUGCAGUUACUACAAGUUUAUCAGCCGAACAACUCAGUUCUUUAUAUCCUGACGUUAUAAAAGAGCAUCCGGGUCUAAUUACUAUUUCAGAUAUUUUAGGAUUGGAGGAAGACGUUCAAUAAACCACAAAAAAGGGGGCAUUGAAAAGAUGCAUUCUCAUUCUUUGUCUUAUUCACACAUAGUCUUAUGAUACAUAAGAAUGACAAUCUCGAGUGUUUCUUGAAAUACACGGAUCCUGGAUACAUUCC